UGUAAAUAUAGUUGUGAUUGUAAUUUUUGAUGAAUAUAUAAAUCGCUUGAUUAUAACAGUUAUUUAAUGGUCAAAGAUGAUCUUUUAAAAUAUGGUCAUCAAAGCUGUAUAUCCCAAGGUUAUGAUGAAAUAUAACUUUAAGAUUAUGAGGCAUUAUGGGUCCCAUUAAUCUGGUUUUUUUGGUGCUUUCUCGUCUUUAACCAUUUUUUGCCUGGUUUUUCAAUGAAAAGGUCUCCUCUUGGUCAAUUUACCAGCUUAAUCAGCUUCUUUGGUCAACAACUUUCAUCAGCCAAAAUCCUCAUCUUGGAAGGCAAUUCAACGUGACUUUAUAAUACCUUCUAGAUUGACCAUAAAUUAAAUACUUCAUUGAUCACGUUUCAAAUGUCUUCCAUUUGUCAGUCAUCUUCAUCAUCACCAGUUUCACCAUCAACAUCAAAAUACAAGCCAACAACACCGAUACCAACAACCUCUGCAACCUCAACAUUUUAAUUUUUAACUUUUUUUGCUGGUUACCUUCCAACUAUCAGUUGAAUCAACUUGACAUCAAAAAAUCUUGAACAACAUCAUGAAAAAUUAUAUCAACAAAACUGAGACAGAAAGUAAUUUAAUGAAUCUGGACGAGUUUCUCAUUGUAAAUGGAGUUGAUUUUAAUUAUAUGAAUACCAUUAAAGAGGAACAAAAAAUUGAAGUUAAAUUCAGUCCAUUGGAUAUUGCGUUGGCCACUCGACCUGGAAGUGAGGCAUGCUUUGAUCCUUCAAGUGCCCGAUUCAGUGAAGAUGAACUUCGUCCUCAGCCAAUCAUGAAAAAGUCUCGUAAACAGCAUGUACCUGAUACUUUGAAAGAUGCCCGUUACUGGGCUCGUCGAGUUAAAAACAACAUGGCAGCCAAAAGAUCAAGGGAAGCAAGAAGAUUAAAGGAAAACCAAAUUGUACUUCGAGCAAGUUAUCUAGAAAAAGAGAAUGAAUCUUUAAAAUUAGAAUUGCAAAAAUUACGAGAAGAGAAUGAUCAACUGAAAAAAAUGCUCGAUUCAGAUUGAAAUGUUGUUUCAGCAUUGCCUUUGCAAUUAGUCGAAACAUAGACUUUCAAACCUUAACUUUGUCUUGCACUUUCUUGCAACAACUUGUUUUAAACAACAGUUAACAAAGUGAAACAAUUGACUUGAUUACACUAGUUUAGUCUCCAUUGUAACCAGGAUGAUUGAGUUGAAGCUGAUUCUGGACCAUUUUAUAACAAGUGUAACUACUCUUGAUUCAACGUUUUGGAUGUGAAAAUGCCUACAAAUACAGAUUUUGAAAUAUAAAUUAAGAGCUUUUAAUGCUUGCUUUUUUUUAUAUCUUGUUUUUUCUCAGCCUACUUGCUGUUGCUCAAUUAAUCCGGAUCAAGGGCAUUAUUUUUGACAGCCAUCUUAUCCCCUUAUCAAAGCCUUAUCCAAGCCUUAUCCAUGUCAUUUUUUAAGCCCAUAUCCAAAGCCAUAUCCGCUGGUUGUUUGUUACAAAGCCUAAUCCUUUUUUUCCGGCUCUCUAUUCCCAGUAUUUUUGUUCAGUUGUGCUUUUUGUGCCU